UCAUAAAAAUUGCAUGUUCAAUUUUAAUGUUUGAUAAGAACUGCAUGCGCAUGAUACAACGUAAUUAUGUUGUGGUGUAAAUGAGAGCAACAGGUUUUAAUUUGUUGGUUGUGAUUUUGGGAGACCAACGAUUAUAUAUUGGUGUCAUUGCAAGAUUGCUCGCCACUCAGACACUCGAGCAAGAAGACAACUGCAAAUUGCUCAAGUGAUUUGGUAGAGUACGUAGAAUCUUAACCACUUGUGUGUUAUCAAUCAAGGGAAUCCGAAUGGCUCAAGAGCUUGCAGAGAUACAGAAGGAAGUCAUUCAGUCCCGUGUAAAUACAUGGGAGACCAAACAAAAAGCAAGAGUUGAUAACAAAGCUGACAAAAUGAAAGCCAUCAACGAGGAGAAAAAGAACGCAAGUGAAAUAGACCUGGAGGCCUUGGGGAAGAAGAUUGAGACAAAAGUUGAGAAGCUAAGACAUAAGGAACUGGAAAAGAUGAAGAACAAAGAAGCUCACUCGAUCAAGGUCAUAGAAGACACCAAGGUCAAAAUUGAAGCAAAACGCACCCAUGGACUUCAGAAAGUUGAGAAGAAGGCUGAAAAAUUUCGUGGCAGCAAUUCUUUGCCAACCAAGUGUUUUGGUGUGUGUGUAGACGAGUGAAAAUCCCCCCACACCACACCACACUAGACUAGACGCAAUCAAAUUUUCGUGUAAUUAAUAAAUCAAUAUUAUCAUAAUUAUAAUAAAAUUAGCUAAUAAAGUAAUUAACU